GGGGGGGCAGCAGAUAAAUAAGGUGAAAGCGGAGACCGGGCUCAAGUCCGCACAGCUGAUAGAGAGCAAGCGAGCAAGACCGUGAGAGCGAGCAAGAGAGAGAGAGAGAGAGAGAGAGAAGGGGUGGCAAAAAAAGAGAGGGAGUUACAGAAGAGGAGCAACGCACUGCUCGGAGCGCUCAAAGAGUGCGAGAGAAGCGCUCGAGUCACUUCGUGAAGACGUGUGGAUUCUUUUUUCCCUGCUUUUACUUUGUUUGGAAUUUUGGUGGACAUUCAACAAGAGAGACUUUUUUUUUCAAAUGUUUGUUAUACAGAAGAAGUUGAGCAUCAUUUGACUCCAUGGUUGAGGACUAGAGGAGAGCGUACCACGUGUGUGGACGAGAGUUUGAUAUUUUCAGGAUUUUUUUCCAAGCGCAUCGGGAGGGGAAGACGGAGAACCCCCCAACCACCCCCCUCGGGUCAUUCAGGCUGUGCAUGAUUUGACUUAUGGAUGUUGAGACAUUCCUGAAGAGCUCCUGAGGAAUAAACAGAGUCGGACAUUUUUGGUCCACGCAGCUUGGAGAGAUUUAAACGAGGUCGCGGGUGCCUCCGAAAGAGGUUUGUAAGCACGGGAGGGGGGCUUCUCCCGCUCUUGUACCCUCUCUCCCUGCCCCCUGCUCAGCAUGCGCCAGCCCCUGAGCACCUCCACAGCUCCUCCAGCUCCACUACCAUGUGUAGAUGGACAGUGACACAAGGUGCACCGGUCGCCUGGCUCUCCUCCCGUCCCCGCCGCCGAAGCGCAACCCCGCCGCAUCUCGUCUCCCUCGUCUUCCUUCUCCUCCUCGGACUGUCCUCCUCCUCGCCCCUGUCGAGUUCUAACCAAAGCCAUCAUGCCGGAGGAGCGAGCCCGUCAUCCUCGCCGGCGCCUCUGCACGCGUCCUCGGCCAGGUUGCCACGGGCGACCAACCUGUCAUCUUCUGCCGCCGUGGUGGGGCGCCACGUGCGCAGCAGCUACAACCACCUGCAGGGAGAUGUGCGGCGGCGGAAACUCUUCUCCUACCAGAAGUUCUUCCUCCGCAUUGACAAGAAAGGGAAAGUCAACGGCACCAAAAGCGAGGACGACCCUUACAGUAUUCUGGAGAUCAAGUCGGUGGACGUGGGAGUUGUGGCCAUCAGAGGCCUCAGCAGUAACUACUAUCUGGCCAUCAGCAAGAAGGGCGAGCUGUACGGCGCGAGGGACUAUGGGCCAGACUGUCGCCUGAUCGAGCGCAUCGAGGAGAACAAGUACAACACGUACGCUUCGGCGGAGUGGCGCAACAAGAGGAAGCACAUGUUUGUGGGACUCAACGCCAACGGCAAAGCCGUGAGGGGCAAGAAGACCAGGAGGAAAAACACAACCACUCACUUCUUGCCUAUUGUGGUGCAUCCCCGAUGACGGGACGAGUUUUAAUCUGCAGACUGCUGAGCAUCUGGAGGACUUUUUUUUUUUUGGAAGGCCAAUUUGUAUCGCGAGGAGCAACAAGGAGGGGAACUUGAAGACAUUCCGCAUCUGUUGGAUGAGGACACUUCUAUUUUUUAAAGAAUAUUGCUAUACAAUGUAUAUAAUUUUUUUUUUUUUGGUCUAACUUAUAAAAGCACGCUGGCACAGUAGGAAAUAUGGGAAUAAUAAAUAAUGUGAUCAGCGACUUGAUGGAGGAAAAGAUGAGGAGGGAGCGGUUGAGAGAGCAGCGAACCAAACAAAA